AUGCGAGUGAAUUUGUUGAGCUCUACGUCACGUCAAUGCCUCUCUUUUUUCGUUGCUUUAGCUGCUGAUUUUGCGGCUGGCUUUGCUGUUGGUUUACUUGCUGGUUUUGCUUUCGGUUUAACUGCUGGUUUUGCUGUCGGUUUAACUGAUGGUUUUGCUGCUGGUUUUGUUGUCGACUUAGGUUUAGCUUUCGGUUUAGCAGCCGGUUUAUCUUUCGGUUUAGCCACCGGUUUAGCUUUUGGUUUUGUUGUCGCCUUAACUGAUGGUUUUGUUGUUGACUUAGUUGCCGGUUUAGCCGAUGGUUUUGCUGUCGAUUUUGUUGGUGACUUAGCUUUCGGUUUUGUUACUGGUUUAGAAAUUGGUUUAGUUGUUGGUUUAAGCGUCCCUUUAGAUGUUGGUUUAGAUGUCUUUUUGGCUGUCGACUUAGAUGCCGCUUUAGAUGUUGUUGGUUUCUUUGCAGAUUUACUUGUCGAUUUAGUUGUUGGUUUAAUUUUCGGCUUAGUUGUCGGUUCAACUGUUGGUUUAGAUGACGGUUUAAAUGAUGGUAUAAAUGAUGGUCCACUCGGUGCAGCUCCCCCUGAUGCAUCUCCAGCCGGUGCGACUCCACCCGAUGCAUCACCAACCGGCACGUCUGCACUCGAUGCAUUUGCAGCUGGUGCAGCUCCACCAGGUGCAGCUCCAAUCGAUGCAUCCCCAGCCGGUGUCGCUCCACCUGAUGCAUCCCCAGCCGGUGUCCCUCCACCUGAUGCAUCCCCAGCCGGUGUGGCUCCACCCGAUGCAUCCCCAGUCAGUGCGGCUCCACCUGAUGCAUCUCCAGCUGGAGCAGCUCCCAUCGAUGCAGUUCCACCCGAUGCAUCUCCACCUGGUGUAGCUCCAUCCGGUGUAGUUCCACCCGGUGUAGCACCACCUGGUGUAGCUCCAUCCGGUGUAGUUCCAUCCGGUGUAGUUCCACCCGGUGUAGCACCACCCGGUACAUCUCCACUUGGUGUAGCUCCAGUCGGUGCAUCUCCACUUGGUAUCAAUCCUGGAAUUUUUGGCGGGUCCUUCCCAAUGACAGCUCAAAAUGGCAGUUGA